UUCGUCGUGGUGGUCGUCCUCUGAAAUCCCUAAAAUCGGAGGAAAAAAUAUAUUGAUCCUAGGGUUAUCGACUCAUCUCAACCUCGCCAUGGACAUGGGUAUGUUCAGUCAGCCACCUCCCGUCUACGGAGACUUGCAAGGGAUGAACUUUUUUGCUUCUAAUCCUGAGAUGAAAGCCUUUUUUGAGAAACCAAGACGCAGUUGGGUUAUUGACGUUGAGGGCUUCGACACUUCGGUUCCUGCGGAUGAGAUGGAGGAGGCGUUGAUCAAUCAUUUCAAGUCAUGUGGAGCAAUCCUUAGGGCUUCUGUCCGGAGACAUCCUGACAACGGCCUUGCUAAUAUCGUCAUGGUCGGAGACGACGCUGAUGAGAAGGUGAUGCAACUUAAUGGAACUGAAUUGGGAGGAAAGAAACUUGUUGUUAAGGCCAGGCCGUAUCCCAGAAUGGAUUAUAGGCAUCUUAAUCUUCCUUUUGCCUCCUCAUCAUAAAUUUGGAUCGAGGUACAAUGCAACCUGCUUUGUUUUUAU